AUGCACUUCUCCGCUGGCCUCGCUGCUGCGUCGCUGCUCCUUGUCGCCGAGGCCGCCAACCCGCCCAAGUCCACGAUCCCGCGCCGAAAGAUUGUGCAGUCGUUCAACGUCCGCCGCAAUGCCAGCUCCAAAACCACGCCGCUGCAGGUCGGCAACGGCAAUCUAGCCUUUGGCGCCGACGUCACCGGCUUGCAAACUUUCUUGCCCUACAACAUCCUGUCGACCUGGGGCUGGCACAACUUCAGUCUACCAUCCACGGCUGCCGGCAGCAACACGACAGCCGUACCAGCCGAUUUUACCGGCCUCGACUGGGAGACGCACGGCCGCCUGGUCAACUACGACCAGCCGAACCAGGCCGAGCAGGCCAUCUCGGACUGGCUGAUACAAAACCCGCAGCGCAUCAACCUGGCGCGCAUCGGCCUCGACUUUGGGCAAGCAGCGGCCUCCAAGCCCGUUACCGAGACGGAUUUGGUCAAUGCCACGCAGGAACUCGACCUGUGGACCGGCAGCAUCAAGUCGUCGUUUGUGUACAAUGGCACCGCUGUCGAGGUCGAGACAUGGGUUCAUCCAGAAGAGGACAUGGUGGGCAUUGCCAUCCGGUCGGACCUGCUGGCGUCGGGCGAUCUCGGGCUGUUUAUGGAUUUCCCCUACCCAGACACCAACAAGUUUGACGCGCCCUUUGUCGGCGUGUACCCAAACACGCCGUCCACCUCAACUUCUGGUUAUGACACGUUCGAGACUGUCUUUGACCCGUGGUACGGCACCAUUCAGCGCACAAUCGCCAGCGAGGACGGCACCAACGGCACCGACUAUGCCAACGGCACGUCCUACUACUUGCAGCUGCAGUGGAACAACUACGGUCAAGUUUCCGGCCCGCAGCCGGGCACCAACCGCUAUCUUUUGACGGCGGCCAACUCGACCGAGAUUCUGUUUGUGGCCGCCUUUUCGAGCGCCGGCGAUUUCGUGCCCAUGUCCUAUGGCGGUCUUACCGACGAGGCGACCGACUGGUGGUCCGACUACUGGACAACGGGCGCCUUUGUGGAUCUAACGGCGAGCAACUCGUCCGAGGCCAAAGAGCUCCAGCGGCGGACGAUCCUCUCGCAGUACUUGACCGUGGUCAACUCGGCAUCGACGAAUGCUCCACAAGGCCUUGUCAACAAUGGCUGGUAUGGCAAAUUCCAUCUCGAAAUGGCUUUCUGGCACCUCGUCCACUUUGCCCGCUGGGGUCACUUUGAUCUUCUCGCCCGCAGCCUGCCGGACAUGUACACACGCUUCCUUCCGUCGUCGAUCGACCGUGCCAAAAAGCAGGGCUACAAGGGCGCGCGCUGGGGCAAGAUGACCGACCCGACCGGCCGUAGUGCGCCCGGCGAGAUCAAUUCCCUGCUCAUCUGGCAGCAGCCGCACCCAAUAUACUUCGCCGAGCUGCACUACCGCGCGUUUCCCAACGCCUCGACGCUGGACCAGUGGGACGCCAUCGUCACGGCCACGGCCGACUUUAUGGCGUCGUUUGCGUUCCUGAAUACGACCACGGGCGUGUACGAUCUCGGCCCGCCACUGUAUCCUGUCUCCGAAACAGGCAAUCCCAACGCCACCAUCAACCCGGCCUUUGAGCUGGCCUAUUGGCGGUUUGGAUUGGACGUGGCGAUCCGCUGGAAGCAGCGCAUAACAAAUCGGACGGACGCUGUGCCCCAGGCUUGGAUCGACGUUCGCGACAAACUGGCACCCUUGCCCGUGGAAAAUGGCACAUUUACCGUCUACGAGGGUGUUCCCAACAUGUGGACCGACCCGGCCACCACCACCGACCACCCGGCCCUCGCCGGCAUCUACGGCUGGCUACCGCCACCGUCCAACACGAGCGGCGCGCCGCUCAACCUCACCGUCGUCCAAAACACCGCCGACAAGAUCCGCCAGGUCUGGGACCUCAAGGCCAGCUACGGCUGGGACUUCCCGCUGCUGGCUAUGAACUCCUUGCGGCUCGGCGAUGUUCACCAGGCCCUGGCCUACCUGCUGGAUCCCAAUUUUGCCUUUGACGAUGCCGGUUACCCCAUUGGUGGCGCGCGCGUGCCCACACCCUACAUGCCGAGCAGCGGCGCACUUCUGCAGACAGUGGCCAUGCUGGCGGGCGGGUGGGAUGGGUCGCCGGGCCCGCACUUUCCAGCGGAAUGGAACGCAAAGGUGGAGGGCUUCUCCGUCGGGUUGUAG